CCCUCCUUCGACGCGGCCACUCCGCGCAACGUCACCGCGCUCGUCGGCAAGUCGGCCUACCUCAGCUGCCGCGUGCGCAACCUCGGCAACAGAACGGUGUCGUGGAUCCGGCACCGCGACCUGCACAUCCUGACGGUGGGCGGCUACACGUACACGUCGGACCAGCGCUUCCAGGCCACGCACGCGCCGCUGGCAGACGACUGGACGCUGCACAUCAAGUGGGCGCAGCAGCGCGACGCCGGCGUCUACGAGUGCCAGGUCUCCACGCAGCCCGUGCGCUCUUUCUUCGUCACCCUGCACGUUGUUGUGCCGUCGGCGCGCAUCCUGGGCGGGCCUGACCUGCACGUGGACAUCGGCUCCACCAUCAACCUCACGUGCCUCAUCCAGUUCAGCCCCGAGCCGCCCGCCUACAUCUUCUGGUACCACGAGGACGAGGUGAUUUCGUACGACUCGUCGCGCGGCGGCGUGUCGGUGGUGACGGAGAAGGGCGCGGCCACCACGUCGUACCUGCUGGUGCAGGACGCCGCGCCCGCCGACUCCGGCCGCUACUCCUGCUCGCCCUCCAACGCCGAGGUGGCGUCUGUGCGCGUGCACGUGCUCAACGGUCAGUACCGCCAGAGUAAACAAAUGAGUAGGUCAUCUUCUUAG